AUGUCGCUGCCUCUCGUUGUGACCCGACUCGACAUGCUCUCCUUAUCCCAUCUACUCGACCGUGACCAUGUCCACCCACAUGUAAAACACAGCCGAACCCCAUCCUUGCCCCCGAUUCUCCGGUUACCAACAGAGCUCCUCCUCGACAUCCUCCAGCGCUCCGUCAAUUCCAGACCGGGAAGAGACAAGGAGCCGCUGCGCAUCCUGGCUAGACAUCAUUGGCUUGCCCUUUCCACCGUCUGCUCCAAAUGGCACGACGUCAUUUUGGGGACACAGAUGAUUUGGGCAGACAUGGAUAUCUGGUGGCUAGACCCACGACACGAAACUUCUGCAGUUGAGCUGAUCCAGCGCUCGCUGCUGCGCGCCGGGACUUCUCCGCUCCGUCUCACUGUCGAUGUAGCCCACACUUACGACGCCCGAACGGGCCAGCCCAUCCGACGCCAAACGUUCGCUGUUUUAUGUGCCGCUUCAGAGCGUUGGCACUCGCUUACACUGCGUGUGGAGCCCGGUCAACUGGUAGACCUAGCGCCGAUUCACGGGAAGCUACCUCUUCUGGAGCGACUUAAGCUAUCCCGCGGCCACGAUGCAGCCGACAGGCAGUUCUUCGCAGACUGUAACCUCUUCGAGUCAGCCCCGGCGCUGAGAAGCUUAACAUUCGAAGACUUCCCUCCUCGGGUUGCGUGGCAUCAACUCACCGAAGUGCGGCUAAACGCCACGCCGUGGCCAUUCGGACACAUCCACGAAGCUGUCUACAACCGGCUCGCGUUUAUCGAGCACUGCUCAGCUUCGUGCAGCGUAACAGUCUGGGGCAUCGAGCGUCCUUCAAGUUACCGUGAGGACCAGCAAGAUCUCGCUGAUUGGCCGACUCAGCCGCCCCUCACAUCGCCAAUCAGGUCAUUUUCCCUGGCCACCUUCUCUCUAUACGACGGCGAGGUCCCGUUUGCUGGCCGUAUCAUCCGUCUGCUCGAUCUCCCUAACCUCACCGAAUUCAAACUCAUGUCAACACGGUCCGCUGUCAACCGCUGGGACGCAGCCGCCUUCGCCACGUUCACCAAUCGCUCGCCAAACAUAACCACUCUGCAUAUCGGCGAUACCUUCAUAUCUCCUCCUGCGCUUCUCCAAGCGCUCCGCGAAACGCCUCUCCUUGAGGAUCUUGUUGUUGAAGACAUCUACCGGUGCAAUUCUGACCACUUUGUGAUAACCGACGAUGUGCUGCACGGACUGCUUGACCCCAUUCUGGUGCCGAAUCUGCAUCGCCUUGAAAUUACAUCGUUCCUUCAAUUCGACCACGAUCUCCUCCUCGAAGCUCUCAGACUCCGCGCGCGCGCACAGCGGGCUGCUGGUGGGACUUUUGUCUUCCGCGCUGUGGUUCCAAAUCUGGCUAAAACGAAGGAUCAAGCACAGUACCGCAAACGCUGGCAGGCGAAUGAAGGGAGACACCGGCUUGCAGAGACGCUCAAACAGGGCUAUCAAGAUGGGUUGCGAUUCACAAUCGACGUUGAUGAGGCGUAG